AUGAAAUGUAGUGCUCACUGCAGUCCAUCUCAUACUGGUACAACUCCUUACCCAGACAAGGCUCAGGAAGCUGUCUACCCUCCCCAACAGCCUGAAGGAUACGCCUCGGUCCCCCAGAACCAAUAUCCCCCACAAGGCUACCCACCCCAGGGCGCCCCUCCAGCUUACCCUCAGGGUCAGGCUCAAUACGCCGGCGGGCAGAAUGUCAUUGUAGCGACUGCGCCUCAGACGACGAUGAUCGUACGUCAAUCCCAGCCACAACCCAAUGACUACCUGGCCUUUGCUAUCUUCGUCACCAUCUGUUGCUGUUUGCCAUUUGGAAUCGUUGGCAUCGUGAAGUCCAUGGAUGUUCGUAAUCGCUACACCGCCGGCGAUAUGGCAGGAGCUGAGGAAUCCUCUCGAUCCGCCAAAAACUGGUCUAUGGCUGGUCUCAUCGUCGGCAUCGUCCUCGAGGUCAUCGGUAUCAUCCUCAUCGUCGUCUACUACGUGGUAAUCCUUGCGGCUGUCUCUUCUUCGGUAAAUGAUUUUUAUGGCUAG